AUGGAACCGCCACACCUCAAUUAUGAGAGGCUGUUUCGUUCUCACAUCCAAGAAGCUAGCAAUAUGGCCGGUAGAACCAAUCAAGCACCCUACUCUUCUUCAUCACCUUCUUCUUCAGUCCCCAUUUCAUACAAACACGACGUGUUUCUCAAUUUCAGAGGUGAAGAUACACGCUCUAACUUUACCGGCCAUCUUUACACAGCUUUGCGCAACAAAGGAAUCAAGACCUUCAUAGAUGACGGGCUCAAAAGAGGAGAAGAAAUAUCUCGAGCACUUUCAAAAGCAAUCAAUGAGUCAAGGAUGUCUGUCAUCGUGUUCUCUGAAAGCUAUGCAGAAUCACCAUGGUGUUUGGACGAACUUGUUGAGAUCCUUGGAUGUAGAGAAUCAAAACGACAGAUGGUUAGGCCAGUGUUUUACAAAGUGAAGCCCUCUGAUGUACGACACCUUAAAGGUACUUUUGGUAAGGCACUUGCUCAACAUGAACUCUAUUUUGAGCAUGAUAUUAUGAUUGUGCGCAGAUGGGGUGCAGCUCUUUCUGAAGCUGCCAAUUUGUCCGGCUGGCCUUUCAAGGAUCAGAAUGAAUCUCGGUUCAUCAAACGCAUCGUUAAAGAGAUCGCAGAUCAACUAUCAAACUCCAAGUUAUCCCUGGAUGAAAUCAGGGAUCCACUUGUGGUAACAGCUACAGAGGUUAUUCCAAGACCACCACCUAAUAUCGUGCUGAAAGAAACUUGGUCCCGUCCAGCUGAGGGUUAUCUGAAGAUAAAUUAUGAUGGUGCCUAUACUGUGAGGAAGGGAGGUUUAGGUGUGGUUGCUCGGGAUACAAAGGGACGUUUUGUGGCAGCAAAGUGCAGGUUGGUUAAUGUCGAAUCGGAGGACGACGUGGUGGCAAUGGCAGCACUGGAGGCUCUGUGUCUAGCAAAGGAACUUGGUUGGCCGCGAGUUUGUUUCGAGGGUGACUCUGUACGUGUUGUUAAUGCUCUGCAAACUUCUACAGCUUCUGAUGAUUCUGACACUUCCUCAUUCUCCUCCUCCUCUUCUUCUUCCUCCUCCUCGUUCGGUCAGAUCAUUAGUGAGAUUCAAUAUAUGUCACGCAGCUUUCAGCAGUCUACAUUUUCUGUUAUUCACCAGAAGGCUAAUGCUAUUGCUGAGAAUCUUGCUACACAUGGUUUAUCAAAUCCCGAAGACAAACAUUGGCUUGCUAAGCCCCCGACUUUUCUCGAGUACUCUUUGCGUAUAGAAAAGUCUACUUCUUCUUAUUGCUGAGAAUCUUGCUACACAUGCUUUAUCAAAUCCAGAAGACAAACGUUGCUUGUUAAGCCCCCUACUUUUAUCGACUACUCUUUGCAUCUCGAACAAUCCUACUUCAGCUACGA